CGAGAGGCUGGCCAAGCGGGUGUAGCCGUUGGGGGAGGCUCCCGCUAGGGGAACCCGGCGAGGACAAGAGCAGGGCGGCCGCCUCCCACUCGGGCCGUCCGGCGUUCGGUGCCUGCGCCGCGUGUCCGUCCCGGGUGCCGGGGGACGUGUGUCAGUUUGCGCCUCUGAGAUCACACAGCUGCCUCGGGGCCGUGGGAUACCCAAGGCAAGUCUCGGCUUUUAUUUGUCUUACUGUUCUUUUUCCGCUUGGCUUUCGGGAAAUAUUCGUGAUGUUGUAGGAUAAAGGAAAUGACACUUUGAGGAACUGGAGAGAACAUAGAUGUGUUUUGUUUUUGAGAGGAGACCCGUCCCCUCUUCCUGGCUGGCUCCUGCUUUGCUGAUUUCAGGAGCUACCCUCCUCCUGGCGAGGUGGGGAUUCCAGCAAGAAUAAAGGUAAAGACGGGCCGCCAAGACCCAGGAGGGACACACUGACCAUUAGAAACCUUUGCAGAAGACAUUGUAAGGAAGAAAAUAAGAGAGAGAGGAAACACAAAGACUUAUAAUUAUACAAGAAACCUACAAACCCAGCUCUGGAGAAAGACUCCUCCAAAAUGGAUAUGCUUCCUCUCACCUGGGUUUUCUUAGCUCUCUCCUUUUCAGGACAAGAAGUGAGAAGCCAACCAGACCCACCCUGUGGAGGUCGUUUGAAUUCCAAAGAUGCUGGCUACAUCACCUCUCCCGGUUACCCCCAGGAUUACCCCUCCCACCAGAACUGCGAGUGGAUUGUUUACGCCCCUGAACCCAACCAGAAGAUUGUCCUCAACUUCAACCCUCACUUCGAAAUCGAGAAGCAUGACUGCAAGUAUGACUUCAUUGAGAUUCGGGAUGGGGACAGUGAAUCCGCGGACCUCCUGGGCAAGCACUGUGGGAACAUCGCCCCGCCCACCAUCAUCUCCUCGGGCUCCAUGCUGUACAUCAAGUUCACCUCCGACUACGCCCGGCAGGGGGCGGGCUUCUCCCUGCGCUAUGAGAUCUUCAAGACAGGCUCUGAAGAUUGUUCCAAAAACUUCACGAGCCCCAACGGGACCAUCGAAUCCCCCGGGUUUCCUGAGAAGUACCCACACAACUUGGACUGCACCUUUACCAUCCUGGCCAAACCCAAGAUGGACAUCAUCCUGCAGUUCCUGACAUUCGACCUGGAGCAUGACCCUUUGCAGGUGGGAGAGGGAGACUGCAAAUAUGACUGGCUGGACAUCUGGGAUGGCAUUCCGCAUGUUGGCCCCCUGAUUGGCAAGUACUGUGGAACCAAAACACCAUCUGAACUUCGUUCAUCGACAGGGAUACUCUCCCUGACCUUUCACACGGACAUGGCAGUGGCUAAGGAUGGCUUCUCUGCACGUUACUACCUGGUCCACCAAGAGCCGCUGGAGAACUUUCAGUGCAAUGUCCCUCUGGGAAUGGAGUCUGGCCGGAUUGCUAAUGAACAGAUUAGUGCCUCAUCUACCUACUCUGAUGGAAGGUGGACUCCUCAGCAAAGCCGGCUCCAUGGUGAUGACAAUGGCUGGACCCCCAACUUGGAUUCCAACAAGGAGUAUCUCCAGGUGGACCUACGCUUUCUAACCGUGCUCACGGCCAUUGCGACACAGGGAGCAAUUUCCAGGGAAACCCAGAAUGGUUACUUUGUCAAAUCGUACAAGCUGGAGGUCAGCACUAAUGGUGAAGACUGGAUGGUGUACCGGCAUGGCAAAAACCACAAGGUCUUUCAAGCCAACAACGACGCGACCGAGGUGGUUCUGAACAAGCUCCACACGCCGCUGCUCACAAGGUUCGUCAGGAUCCGCCCUCAGACCUGGCACUCGGGCAUCGCCCUCCGGCUGGAGCUCUACGGCUGCCGGGUCACAGGUGAGCUGUUCGAAGGGAACAUGCACUACGACACCCCUGACAUCCGAAGGUUCGACCCCGUUCCAGCACAGUAUGUGCGGGUGUAUCCAGAAAGGUGGUCGCCGGCAGGGAUCGGAAUGCGGCUGGAGGUGCUGGGCUGUGACUGGACAGACUCGAAGCCCACAGUAGAGACGCUGGGACCCACCAUGAAGAGUGAAGAGACCACCACCCCAUAUCCCAUUGACGAGGAGGCCACGGAGUGUGGGGAGAACUGUAGCUUUGAGGAUGACAAAGAUUUGCAGCUCCCUUCAGGAUUCAAUUGCAACUUUGAUUUCCCUGAGGAGCCCUGCGGUUGGAUAUACGAUCAUGCCAAGUGGCUCAGAAGCACCUGGACCAGCAGCUCCAGCCCGAACGACCAGACGUUUCCAGAUGACAAGAAUUUCCUGCGGCUGCAGAGUGACGGCCGGAGAGAGGGCCAGUACGCGCGGCUCAUCAGCCCACCUGUCCACCUGCCCCGGAGCCCGGUGUGCAUGGAGUUCCAGUACCAAGCCACAGGCGGCCACGGGGUGGCGCUGCAGGUGGUGCGGGAAGCCAGCCAGGAGAGCAAGCUCCUCUGGGUCAUCCGUGAGGACCAGGGCAGCGAGUGGAAACAUGGGCGGAUCAUCUUGCCCAGCUACGACAUGGAGUAUCAGAUUGUGUUCGAGGGAGUGAUAGGAAAAGGACGUUCGGGAGAGAUUGCCAUUGAUGACAUUCGGAUAAGCACUGAUGUCCCACUGGAGAACUGCAUGGAACCCAUCUCAGCUUUUGCAGUGGACAUCCCAGAAAUACACGGGAGAGAGGGAUAUGAAGAUGAAAUUGAUGAUGAGUACGAGGUGGACUGGAGCAACUCUUCUUCCCCAACCUUGGGGUCUGGUGUGCCCUCAGCUGACAAAGAAAAGAGCUGGCUCUACACGCUAGAUCCCAUCCUCAUCACCAUCAUUGCCAUGAGCUCACUGGGCGUCCUCCUGGGCGCCAUCUGCACGGGGCUCCUGCUCUACUGCACCUGCUCCUACUCGGGCCUGAGUUCCCGCAGCUGCACCACGCUGGAGAACUACAACUUUGAGCUCUACGACGGCCUCAAGCACAAGGUCAAGAUGAACCACCAGAAGUGCUGCUCCGAAGCAUGACAGAUUACACCUGAAUCACAUCUGACGUUUCAUUCCAGCAAGAGGGGCAGGGGAAGAUUACAUUUUUUUUCCUUUGGAAACUGAAUGCCAUAAUCUCGAUCAAACUGAUCCAGAAUACUGAAGAUAUGGACAGGACAGACAGGCGAGUGGAGGGAGGAAGGGAGAUGCAGCUGCGAAGGGGAUUAUUACCCACCUAGGACCGCAGUGGCUGAGUCAUUGCAGAAACGGGGCCAUGUUCUCUGCUGGGACAAAGACAGGAGCUCAUCUCUUUGGGGUCACAGUUCUAUUUCAUUUGUGAGUUUGUUAUUAUUAUUAUUAUAUUUUAUUUUAUUUCUUUGGUCUGUGAGCAACUCAAAGAGGCAGAAGAGGAGCAUGACUUUUCCAGAUAGAAGCAGCGUAAUGAUAAUUAUUUGCUGCUUUCUCUUGCUAAUCAACACUUGAAAAGCAAAGGGCCUUUUUAGCCUUUCUGUCUUGAGAAAUAAAACUCAAAAAAAAGCCGUCCAGCUUAUCCCAUCCUCUGAUCGUCUUAUGACUUCAGGGAUUUGCUGUGGUUAGGUUCUGCCAGCCCACCCUACAAGCUGCCGUAUCCAGUCCUAGCAUUUAAGUAGGAUGUUGUUGCCUUUAACUUUUUUUAUCCAGGGGAAAAUUGCCAUUUUAGGGUCAGCAUGAACAGCUCUGUCUUAUACGUGAUUUAAAACAAACCAGAAAAGGGAAACUUUACACAUCAAAAUCCAUAGAUGCACCUCCACAUUAGAAGCGGAUGAGCCUUAAAGUGCUUUGUGAAUAGGAGCCAUUCAUUAAACCUAGACCCAGGAUUUGUGGCUGGGACGCUUCCCUUCCAGGGCCUCUGGUGGUGGUUUUGCCUUUUCUUUUCCCUCCCUCCUCCUUGUUAUUUUAAAACAUAUAGAUAUACACAUGCA